ACUCUAACCUACCUGUAAACAGGCCCAUGAACAAGACAUAAGUGAAAUCCUUUCUUAUUCCCUAGCUCCCUCCCUAUAUUAUUUAUGCAGCUAUGGUAAAAUCUGAACUCAGACACCAGAGCUCCUAUAUAAGUAUAUAACCCACCCUUCUCCCCUCCAUCUCUCUCUCUCUAUCUCUCUCUCUCUCUCUCUGACAUAAAAGAAAAACACAAGUAGAACAACAUGGGUUUUCCUGUUGGCUAUUCAGAACUACUUCUCCCAAAACUCCUUCUCCACGCACUUUCUGUUCUGGGUUUCUUCAGAAAACUAAUAAACACUCUCUUUCACUACCUAGGCCUCCCUGACUUUCUUGAACCCAAUACCUCUUCCUCUUCAACCAACAAUAUCCCUCCAUUUGGUGUCCCUGAAUUCCACAACCACUCAGUCUCCGCCCUUCUCAUCCGUGAGAUCCUUCCUGUUGUCAAGUUUUCAGAACUUGUUGAUCCUUCUGCUGACUGCUGUGCUGUUUGUCUUUAUGAGUUUAAAGAGGUUGAUGAGAUCAGACGGCUUGCAAACUGUCGCCAUAUAUUUCACAAGUGCUGUUUGGACCGUUGGAUGGGGUACGAUCAGAUAACUUGUCCACUUUGUAGGACACCAGUAAUUCCUGAUGAUAUGCAGGAGAGUUUCAACGAAAGGUUAUGGGCUGCUUCUGGUAUUCCUGAUUUUUAUGGGGAGUAUUCACAAACUCCUGACUUUUAGUAGAUUUUUAGUAAUUUUCUGCUUUCUGUAAAAAGAAAAGAAAAGAGAAGGAGAAGAGAAGAGAGUUUUUUUUUGGGGGGGGGGUCGUCGGGGGGGUUUGAGGUGAGUAUGUUUUGUAAGUAUACCCAAAGUGAUGCGAGGAAAAAAAAACAGAGAGAGAGUAAUUUGGGGGUGUUAGAAUUAGAUUUUCUGUAUAUAUAGAUUUUGUUUCCCUUUUUAUUGGUUAAUGAGCUUCAAUAUUGUUAGUCUCAAA